AUGCUUACUCUUUUGAUCGAAGCCCAGCUGGAGGGCGUUACUACCCUCCUGCCCACUGACACCGAGGAAAAUCCCUACUUCUACACUUUCCGAGUGAAGUGUACCUCCUGCCACGAGACGCACCCCAACUGGGUCAGCUUCAAUCGUUUUGAGACGCACGAAAUCCCUGGUAGCCGUGGCGAGGCUAAUUUCGUGUGGAAGUGCCGACUAUGCACGAAAACCCACACUGCCUCCGUCAUUAGCGGACCUCACCCCUAUGAGGCCCAGGAAAAGAGCAAGGCUCAGAAGAUCAUCGAAAUGGACUGCCGUGGCCUCGAGUUUACUGAGUUCAAGCCCGACGGCGAAUGGGAAGCCAAGGCUAUUGAUUCCACCACCACCUUCUCUGGCAUUGAUCUUACGGAGGGUGAGUGGUAUGACUAUGACGAGAAGAAGGGUGAGGAAUUCCAACCGCUUAACCCCCGUCCCUACCUCCAGGCCCGCGUGGGCACCGAAGUCCUCAUCCGCUUGAAGUGGGGCCAGACCGAAUACAAGGGCACUCUCGAGAGUAUCGAUUCAUACAUGAACGUCCUGCUGCGCGACACGCAAGAGUUUAUCGACGGAAAGGCUACCGGUGCAUUGGGUCUUGUUCUAAUCAGAUGCAACAACAUCCUAUACAUGGGCUCGGCCGAUGCAAUCGAAAUUACGGACAUGCAAUAUAAGUGA